AUGGCUGCUGUGAUCGUGACUCCCGGGGCGCCUUCCGCGCCUUUGCCGCAGCCAACGGCCGCCUUGCCGCCCUGGUCGCUGCCCGUUCCGCCCACGGACUUCUGCUGCUUCUGCCUGCCGAUGCUUGGCGGGACCCUCUGUUGCGGCAUUCUGGUCCUCAUUGGUGCAGGGUAUUAUGCCGUGAUGGGCUUCGUCGCCCUGGGGCUCGGGGCUCUCAUUGGAGCCGUCUUUCUCAUGGUCAUGGCGUUCUUGGCCACGGUGCAGGGCAUGGGAGCAAUCCUUGGAUCCAGAGGGCAAGCGCGCUGGGCACGCUACGCUGCCUUCGCCACGCUGGGGCUGAUGCCGAUUGCCAUUUUGAACAUCCUCGCAGACCGAAGAGUGGCCAUGAUGCCAAAGCUUCUUGGAAUCUGCAUGAACAUGGCCAUCCAGCUCUACACCAUCUACGUGUUCCUGUCUCUGGAGUACUUUGUCUUGAAGAAUGAGGCCCAAGCCCGCGAGUUAAACAUCAACGUCUGA